GAUAGAUACUUGGAAUUAUCCGUCCGUUAUCGUUGACCCGAAAAAAGGAACAAUACUGAUUGGAAACUUGAUGGUGAAUUGGUGGUUUGGCGGCGAUGCAAAUGCAAAAAGAGAGAAAUGUCAAAUACUUUCCAGGAAAAAAAAUGGCUGCAGAUGAUACACAACUCACAAACUUGGUCAUUUACCAUGGAAAACUCACAAACUCUCUUCCUCGUCGGACUUGUGUUGCUGGUAAACUACUUGUGUUUUCUUCCGUCUUCCGCAUCGUUUUCCAACGAUACCGAUCAACAUGCUCUUCUGGCAAUCAAAUCUCAACUCGCUUACCCUGCCAAUGGUGUCCUAGCCGGUAAUUGGACCAUUAGAGCAAGCUUUUGCGAUUGGAUCGGGGUCUCUUGCAGUAAGCGCAGGCAAAGAGUCACGGCCUUGGACCUUUCCUAUAUGGAUCUUCAUGGCAUGAUUUCUCCUCACGUGGGUAACCUCUCUUUCCUCGUCUCGCUUCGUCUCCAGAACAACAGCUUAUUUGGAUUCCUGCCACAUGAAAUCGGUCGUUUACAUCGCUUGAGGAUACUAGCACUUCAGGACAACCAGCUGCAAGGAAACGUCCCUCCAACCCUACAGCAUUGCCAGAAGCUCAAGGUCAUAAACCUUAGCAGAAACAUGUUCAGCGGUCUCGUACCCAAAGAGCUGGGUUCUUUACCCGUGCUUCAGCAACUGUAUCUCACCGCAAACAAUCUUUCGGGUGGAAUUCCGGCAUCUUUGGGUAACAUUUCAACAUUACAUGAAUUGUUCUUGGACCAAAACAGCCUCACAGGUUCAUUCCCCUCUACUCUCCUCAACCUGUCUGCUCUAGUUUUUAUUUAUCUAAGAUCAAAUGACAAUAUUUUCGGAAAUCUUCCCGGGGAUCUUUGCCACUACUGGCCUAAUAUCCGAGAAAUUUCUCUUUCUGGCAACAGCUUCAGUGGCCCGUUCCCUAGUAAAAUAUACAAGUGCAAAAGUCUUGUGUUGUUAUCUCUAUCAUACAAUAGGUUAACCGGAAGUAUUCCAGAAGAAAUUGGGGGACUGCAAAAUCUUGAAACCUUAUACCUUGGUGGUAAUAACCUAACCGGUAAGAUUCCUCAAACCAUAGGUAACAUGUCCAACUUGAAGUACUUUAGUUUGGAAUUGAAUAGCAUCAAGGGAAGUAUUCCUAGUGGCGUAGGGCGUCUUCCUAGUUUAGUCUCUUUUUUUUUCGCCGGUAAUGGGCUGAGCGGAGUUUUACCCCCAGAAAUUUUCAAUAUCUCCACCAUAACAGACAUCGCCGGAAGGGAUAAUGCCCUUACUGGAAGUUUCCCUUCAUAUACUGGAGGGAUUUGGGGUCCUAACCUUGAAACCCUCGGGCUUUCAACCAAUCAAAUCACUGGAAAUAUCCCGUCCUACUUUUCAAAUUUUAGUAAGCUUACCAUGCUUGAUUGUAGCUACAACUUGCUCCAUGGACCAGUUCCCAUGGAUCUUGGUAACUUAAAAGACCUUAAGUUUCUUGUUUUAGGAGCAAAUAAGUUAACAGGAGAACCUGGAGUUCUUGAGCUUAGGUUCCUUUCUUCCUUAUUCAGUAGCAGCUCGUUGGAAACAUUAGUUGUGAGUGAAAAUCCCCUCAACGGCAUCAUCCCGGAUCACUCUGGAAACUUUUCUUCUUCCUCUUCCCUUCGAAAGUUGUAUGCACAGCUGUGCCAAAUCAAGGGUCGUAUACCCAAGACAUUGAGCUCCUUGUUGAAAAACUUGACCAUUCUUGCCUUGACCGGCAACAAUGUCAGUGGAGAAAUACCUCCAUCAAUUGGAAGAUUCGAGAAUCUGCAAAUCUUGUAUCUCGAUAACAACAGGAUUGAAGGUUUCAUUCCGGAGGAGUUAUGUCAUAUCGGGAACCUGGCUGAGCUAUCACUGGCAAGCAAUACUAUUGGUGGAUUGAUCCCAAGUUGCAUAGGAAACCUCAGACGCCUUCAAAGAGUGUUCCUAAAUUCCAACAAACUGAACUCAUCAAUACCAGUCAAUUUAUGGAACCUUGAAGACCUCCUGUUCCUAGAUUUGUCAUUCAAUUCCUUGAGUGGAUACUUACCUCCUGACUUGAGAAUGUCAAAUGUCCUUGAGAUGAUAGAUUUGUCAUGGAACCGAAUUUCUGGAGACAUUCCGAGCAUCUUGGGAUCCUUUCAAAGCAUAAACUCUCUAAAUUUGUCCAACAACUUGUUCAUCGGAUCUAUUCCACAUACUUUUGGGAAGGGUUUGGAAAUUUUAGACCUGUCAUACAAUAAUCUGUCUGGGCCAAUACCAAAGUCUCUAGAAAUACUCAGAUUUCUCAAGUAUUUGAAUCUCUCUUUUAAUCAACUCUCUGGAGAGAUUCCAUCAGUUGGACCUUUUGUUAACUUCACUGCCCAAUCAUUUUUGGGGAAUAAAGCACUCUGUGGGAGACCAGGUUUUGGAGUCCAACCUUGCAAGAAUCUUAGCACUCGAAAUUCAAAGACCGCGCAUUAUUUCCUCAAAUAUGCUAUUCCGGCUGUGAUAUCAACUUUGAUUGUGAUAGCUGCCAUUUUUAUGUGGAGAAAGUCUAGAAAAACAAGUGCAAGUGUUCCAAGUUCAGAAGAAUUGUCAAUGGCUCCAGGGCAUAGAAUGAUAUCAUAUCAUGAACUCCGUUGUGCUACAAAUGAUUUCUCUGAAAGCAACUUUCUGGGAGCCGGAAGUUUUGGCUCUGUGUACAAGGGAAGUCUUUCCGAUGGGACAACCGUUGCUGUCAAAAUUCUAAAUAUGCAAAUGGAAGGUUCCUUGAAAAGUUUCAUUGCAGAAUGCGAGGUAUGGCGAGCAAUACGACAUAGAAAUCUUGUUAAGGUUAUAACUACGUGCUCGAGUCCAGAUGUAAGAGCUUUGGUGCUGCAAUACAUGUCUAAUGGUAGCCUCGAGGAGUGGUUGUACUCUCGCAAUCAUUGUCUAAAUCUUUUUCAAAGAGUGAGCGUGUUGGUCGAUGUUGCAGCAGCUUUAGAAUAUCUCCAUCAAGGCCAAUUAGAGCCUGUAGUGCACCGUGAUUUGAAGCCUAGCAACAUCCUUCUUGACGAAGACAUGGUUGCACAUGUGGGGGACUUUGGUCUUGCUAAAAUUUUGGCAGGAAACAAGGAUGCAACACAAACCAGAACUCUCGGUACACUUGGCUAUGUUGCACCAGAGUAUGGUUCAUUAGGAAAAGUGUCAACAAGAGGUGAUGUGUAUAGCUACGGAAUCAUGUUGUUUGAAAUAAUUGCAAGAAAAAGGCCAACAGAUGGAAUGUUUACGGAAGAACUGACCCUGAGGAAAUGGAUAAAUGCGUCGCUCCCUGACGGUAUUCUGGGAGUAGUGGAUAUUGGUUUAUUGAGCACAGAAGAGGGAAGAGAGAUGAAUGCCACAAAACUUAUCAUUUUAUCAAUCAUGGACAUCGGCUUGAGAUGUUCCGACGAAGUGCCAGAGGAAAGAAUGGAUAUCAAAGAUGUGUUACGGAAGCUCAUAAAAAUAAAAUCAGCACUUGAAAUGUAGAGACAGUGUGUUUGCUGUCCAUGAGAUUGACUUGGCAGUCCUUGUGUGUAUUUUGCUUGUUUUUUCAACUUUUAUUUCCUACUGUUGGUUCUGUAUACGUGUAGACAUCGAAAUUUCACAAGAUUUUCGUGUUUACAAUAUGUAUCAUCUUUCUAUUUUGCAAACCUUUCACUUUGUUUCAAGGAACAUGUAUGUUUUUCCAUAAUUCAAGGAAAUAACAUCCGAAUACUUCUUUUCUC